GUGCCCUGCAUUCUGUUGAAAGUGGGACGAACAUUGGCUUUUGGUUUGGAGUGGGCAAGUGCACAUGCACCCGGAGAGUCACGCUAAGCUUAAUCAAUGAAAUUAGCCCAGGGAGCAAGUGCACAUCACGGAGAGAAGUGGGGAGUGAAGGAGUGAAGCGAAAUGUGAAUGCGGAACUAUUGAUUUUGUAAUAAAAAUGCGCGCGCAGUGCUCUGAUUUUUGUUCAAAAACGGAGAGAGAAAUACAUGAGCUUGGAGCUGAAACUAACGAAGAGGACGACGACGACGACGACGAGGACGUUGGCGGCAUGUUGUCGGCGGUCAGGAAGAAGCCGAGGCCGAGGCCGAGACUAAAACACACGAGCUGCUGCAUUAACAGUACAGCAGCAGCAGCAAUUUCAUGUGUUCUCCACUCGCAAUCGCAGUGCGAAAACCGUGCGAAGCCAAGGAAGGCCAGCGCCAGGAGAAGCCUUGGGGCUCGCAGUGUGCAAAAGCAGAGCAAAAAAAAGAAAGAAAAAACAGAGUAGAAAAAUAAAAAAGUUAAUAGAAAAAGCAAAAAAAUAACUUAACUGUAGCUGUAAAAUAGAAAAGUAGUAAAAUAGUUAAUUACAACAAUUACGCUUAAAAAUUGAAUACAAAUGUAUUAAAGCUAGUGACGACACUAAAAACUACAUAAGUGUGUGUGUGUGUGUGCGGUUUAAAGUUAAAAAUAAAAUCAAUAGUAAAAUUGUAGAGCAAAAAAAAAACGUGUGAAAUUUGAAUUUGGCCAAGUUGAAAAUCUGGCAAAUACGCAAGUUAUACGUUAUAUAACACGCUAUAACAGAGGGCGACAAUUUGCGUGGGUUCCCUACGAAAAAGGGGGAGGAAGCAAAGGCAGCGAGUCAAUCGAUAGACUUGUGCCAAACAUGAUGAGCUACUAAUUGGCUUAAGCCUCGACUUGAAGACUAUCACAAACGACUAUCAAAAGUCAAAUCUACAGUCGAAAGAAAGUUGAACCACUGGCAACAUGGGCAAAAAGAAAGUGUUGAGUGAGGAUUUGAUAGUGCCACCGCAGGAUACUCGCAUCUGUGGCACCAUCUGCAUAUGCCAGAUGACACUGGUGCUGAGUUCGGUGGCAUUGGUUUAUCUCACAGUUGCCAUCUAUAUGCCAUCGACGCGGGCCUUCAAGAGCGGCAUCGAUCCCACUCCGGUCAUGUGUACCACCACAAGGGCCGUCAACAAGGACAACUGUGAGUGGGGCAGCUGUGGCGAAUGGUGUCUGAGUAAGACAUCCGGUGCCUGCAUUCAGAUCUAUGUGAAUCUACGCAGCAAUGGCACAAAUCUCACAUUCCAGAAUUGCACGAAUUCGGCGAAUAAGACGUGCUAUGGCAUUGAUCAGGAUCGGGCGGAUAAGGCGCGUUGCAUCAACGAUGAGUGCAAGAAUUUGACGGGCACCUUCAACUGCACGGCCGGACAGUGCUUGAAUAUCACGGAUGCCUUUGAGUGCAUCUUCCACAACAGCGAUGCACCCGUUAAAUGCUCCGGACGACGUGGCAAGAUCAAUUGCAUGGACAUUAGCGGUCUAUUCUCCUGCAGUCGCGGUACGUGCCGUAAAAUCCGUACUCCCUACAAUUGUGACAGACGUUGCGUGGAUAUUCCGACCCGGAACAAGAAUGUGGUGGUCUUAAGCGGGGAUAAAGUGUAUCUAUCGCAAUGUCAGAAUGCCAUCAAUGCGGAAACUCUGGAGGAAGUGUGGAACGAGUCCAGUGAUAAUGUGGCCAUGACAUCUUGCUAUUACAUCAAGAACACCUCGGAUCGUGUGGAUGCGGUGGAUUGCAUCAAUGGCUCCACAUUGGAGCACAAUAUGCUCAGUGAUCUGACCAACUUUACAUAUCUCAGUCAUUUGCAUGUGUCCGUGGCGAUACCAGUGCCGGAAAUUGCUCCACCCGAUGUGGAUUUGACCAUUUCCAAUGAAUCAAAGCUGAUGAUCAAUCUGGAGGGUUGUGUCAAUACCCUGCAGGAUGAGUGCAAGGAAUUCCUCAAGGUCUUCGGACGCGAUGGCAGCGAUCACAAUGCUCGAGCCCGAUUCCCCUGCUUCUAUUCGCCGUCCAAGAAGGAUAUUGUGGUGGCCCGUUUCGAUCUGGAGGUCACCUAUCGCCAGUUCGUGUUCGCGUCGGUGGUGCCGUCGGUGUUGUUCGUGGUCUCCUGCUCGGUGCUAAUACUCUGCCAGAGCACCGUCUAUGUGGGCGAUGAUGCCAAGAUGCGCUUCAAGGGAUGCGUCUCCACGGACACCAUUCUGAACAAGAACAACGUCGGCGCACCCACCAACGGCGACAUGGGUGGAGGCGGUGGCGAUGAAGUCAUGGCCCUAUGAGAUCCGUCACGCAUUCCUCUGCUCCAGGAAGACAGUCCGGUGCAUCAGACGGGCGUCUUCGCAUUGCAGUAAUGGAGUUGGGCACCGUAACCACUCGAAGCACUUUGUAAUCCUUCCAUCGAACUUCUAACAACGCGACCACACACAAAA